GCUCAAUCGAACCAAAAAGCAACAUAACCUCAAAAAAAAUGAAAUAAUUUUGUAUUUAUUAUUAAUUUCUUUAAUUUCCUUUUAAAAAUGCUCGAUGCAUUAUCCGACGAGGAAUACGUGAUUCAAAGAGCUAAAACCGCUUUUAAAACUGAUCCGAUUACUGCGAAAGCAUGGAUGAUUACAGCGAAAACAUUGUAUCCUAAUAAUUUUGGUGUUCAGUUUGAAGCUUACCAAAUUGAAAAAGGGGGUGGGAAUGUUAAAGAGGCUGCCAGAAACUUCAGCGAUUUAAUAGGGAAAUUUCACCAACAACCCGAAUUUUGGAAUGAAAUCAACAAAGUAACAAGUUCUUUACGGAGUGAAAAUGAUGGUACUGAUCAUGAAAAACAAUUUUAUUGCGAUAUGUUUAAACAUAUCCAUCCGGACGUUCAACAUAAAUUGUUAUUAAUCACAGCGGAACAUUGCGAGGAUACAAUGGAACAUUGCAAAUUACUUUUGUUGUUGUUGCAAAAGUUUUCAAUGGCAAUUCCAACACAUGGGUUGGGGUUGAUUGAAACGUUAUUAAGUGCCGAAAAACAUAGCCACUCAAGUAAUCAACCUAUAAAUCCAUUUAGAAAAAUGUUAGUCCACGAUUUAAUUCCUUUAUUAAACACCGAAAGUGUUUCUGUUGACAUUUCACAAAAAUUAAUUUUUAAACUCCUUCAUAAAGCGAUCGAAUAUUACUUAUAUUGUUUAAACACGCCAAAUAAAUGCCAAAAUUUAGAUGAGGCGUGGGAUAAAUUAUGCAUAACGUUAGAAUUUAGCGGUAAAAAGUUGUGUUGGGAACCAUACUUGGCGAGUUUUGGUGAAAAUUGGAGUAAAGAGCAUUAUUGGCAAAAGCUUUUAACGUUUUGUCAAUCGCAAAAUUUAAAUUUAGACGACCAAAAUAUGUUGAAACAAUUACUUUAUUGUGUUACAAUUUUUUUUUUGAAUUGUUUGAAUGAGUACAAAAUGAGUUUGGCUCAUUCGGGACAAACGCAACCUUGUUUUUUAUUAAUUGAAGCCUUCGUUGAUAAAAAUUUACCGAAUCCAAUGAUAGCAUUGUCAGAACCAAAAGCAAAAAGGCGAAAAAGUAGUGAUCCAGAGAUUCAACCUCAUCUUUCCGUCGAAAAAUCCGAAUAUAAAAAUAUCGUUAAUAAUUUUAUUUUAACAAAAAAAUGUUGGGAAUUAUUAAAUUCAACCGAUUCGUUACAAAGAGAAUAUAACAAAUUAAAUUCACAUUUAAAAUUAAAUAAUUAUUUACAUCAAUUUAUGAUUGAUUACUAUAUUUAUAAAGGACAAAUUGAUGACGCUUUUAAUUAUACCCAAUCUUCACCACAAGAAUCACAUUUGAAUUUAAAAUUAACCGACAGUUUACGACUGGCGAAUAUAAUGUACUUAAAAAAGAAUUAUCUCGCUUGUUAUAAUCAUAUUUUAACAGUUUUAGAAUUAUUACCAACAACAACAAACGCAGGUUCUUUAACUUCGAAAUUAACGCAAGGUGGAACAAGACAUUUACAUUUUUUACCGUUAACUCGCCUCAAUGUACUUCAAUAUUGCGCAAAACUUUUAAUUCGCGCAAUUUCAGAGAAAUCCGAUAAUAACUUUAAUGAUUUAUCAAUCGGAAACAUUUUUGUGCUAACACAAUUAGAUUGGCCAAAUGAAGAGGAUCGAAUCCCACCUUUAUUGGAUGUAAUCCGCCAAAGGGGAUCUUUUCAUUAUUAUUUAUUUCAAACUUACAUUAUUAACGUUGAUCUUUUGGAGGAAUUAACGUUUUUAUUUACACGACAAGUGUCAUUACAUAUUUUGCCACAUUUGGAACAACGGCGCAUUGGAACUAGAGGCGCUGAUAAAGGUGUUAAAGAAGAGGUUAGACAAAGUAUUAAAAGACAAGUUGGGCGAUGUAAUGAAGCGUUAGAUCAAUUAAUUUGUACUUUUAUUUGUAAUGAAAGAGAACAUUUGUUGCAAUCGUUGCAAUAAGUUUAAUGGAAUGUUUUAAUUAUUGAGUUAAACAUCAAAAUUAUUAAUUUAGUAAUUUGACGAAUAAAAUCUAAGCACUCAUUA